CUAUUACUCUAACACGAAGCCACUACGGAGUCUCCGGCGUGUCAAACGGUGGAAACGACUCGAUAGGGCUCACGUCAGCUCGGUUGAACGUCCCCACAGUGUGGAGCUAGCUAGCUAGCCACCGUUGGCUAAUAAACACUUGUAAAAGACGCAAAUGUCCGCUAGCUAACGUAACCAACGUUAGCCUGACAUUACAUGAUGAACAUUCUCGACUAGAGUUUGGUUGGAAAGCAAGAAGACCAUCAGAAGACCAAGAACGAAACUGGAAAAUCAUUUAGUGUGGCCAUGGCCUACUCCAACUACAGCAACUUGAGCAGGGCUCAACUUACCUUUGAGUACCUGCACACAAAUUCGACAACACACGAGUUCUUAUUUGGAGCCUUGGCGGAGCUUGUCGACAAUUCAAGAGAUGCCAAUGCCACAAGAAUAGACAUCUACACAGAAAAAAGGCCAGAGCUGCGGGGCGGCUACACGCUCUGUUUUCUGGAUGAUGGUAUUGGAAUGGACCCUAAUGAAGCAAUGCAUGUGAUUCAGUUUGGAAAGUCAAACAAACGGUCACCUGAGUCCACUCAGAUUGGCCAGUAUGGAAACGGACUGAAAUCCGGCUCUAUGCGUAUCGGGAAAGACUUCAUCUUGUUCACGAAAAAAGGCAACACGCUCACUUGUCUUUUCAUGUCACGGACUUUCCAUGAGGAGGAGGGACUGGAUGAGGUGAUUGUGCCUCUUCCCUCCUGGGAUCUGACAACCAAGGAGCCACUGACCUCUGACCCGGAGAAGUACGCCAUAGAGACAGAGCUGAUCUUCAAAUACUCACCUUUUAAAAAUGAACAGCAGCUGAUGGAGCAGUUCAACAAAAUAGAAAGUAACAGUGGCACUCUUGUGAUCAUCUAUAAUCUAAAGCUGAUGGACAACAGAGAACCAGAGCUGGAUGUAGAGACAGAUCACCAGGACAUACUGAUGGCUGGGACACCCAUUGAAGGAGUGAAGCCAGAGAAGAGGUCGUUCAGGGCGUACGCGGCUGUUUUGUACAUUGACCCACGCAUGAGGAUUUUUAUCCAGGGACAUAAAGUCAGGACCAAGAGACUGUCCUGCUGUUUAUAUAAACCAAGGGUUUAUAAAUACACAUCAACUCGUUUCAAAACUCGUGCUGAGCAAGAAGUGAAGAAAGCAGAUCACCUUGCUAAGAUUGCGGAAGAGAAAGCCAGAGAGGCGGAGAGUAAGCAAAUAGCUUUGGAGGCCAGAUUAGGAGAUGACCUGUCAAAAGAUUCACGGGCAAUUCUGAGAAAGGUUCAAGAUUCAGCCAUGAUGCUUCGACGGGAUUGUGACAUGAAGAAAAGGAUUCUCGAAGCCAAACAGAAAGCAUUAAAGGAGCCAAAGGAGUUGAAUUUUAUAUUCGGAGUGAACAUAGGACAGAGGGACCUGGAUGGGAUGUUUGUGUACAACUGUUCUCGUCUCAUCAAGAUGUACGAGAAAACAGGGCCCCAGCUGGAGGGAGGCAUGGCCUGUGGAGGUGUGGUUGGAGUAGUGGAUGUCCCAUAUUUAAUAUUAGAGCCCACUCACAACAAACAGGACUUUGCAGAUGCUAAGGAGUAUCGACAUUUACAGAAAUCCAUGGGGGAACAUUUAGCUCAGUACUGGAAGGACUCUAACAUUGCUCAGAAAGGCAUAGUGAAGUUCUGGGAUGAGUUUGGAUAUCUGUCUGCCAGCUGGUCUGCACCUCCGUCAUCAGAGCCGAGAUACAAGAGACGUCGUGGCAUGGAGAUACCACUUACUAUUCAGUGUGAUAAAUGUUUAAAGUGGAGAACGCUGCCAUUCCAGAUGGAUGCAGUGGACAAACGCUACCCAGACAGUUGGGUGUGUCUCAUGAACCCUGAUAGCUCCCAGGACAGGUGUGACGCUCCGGAACAGAAACAAAAUUUGCCAUGUGGUGUUCUGAAGAAAGACAAGCAGACGGCUGAAGACAAACAGAAGGAACUGGCAGAGAAAAUCAAACAGCAGCAGGGGAAACUAGAGGCCUUGCAGAAAACUAGCACUGUGAAAUCUGCAGCAGAUGUGAAGAAGCUACCACUGGAUGUCAGCAUGAAACCAACAGAGAGCUCCUCUCAGGCAACUAGGUCUUCUGAAAGGUCCAUCACACGCCCCCGCUCCCCACCGCUCCCAGCUCACCUUAAAAAUACCCCUCCAUCUCGUGCAGCUUCUCAGCGCCCCACCCGAACCCCUGUCCCUCCGCCACCACCACCCAAAAUUGAACCAUCCAGGUCCAGAGGUGCAGCAAAGCCUCCCCCACCUCCAGCAAAGCCUGUACCCAAAGCUACAGCCAAAACACCCCCAACCAGCCGCAGUUCACGGACACCUGCCAAAGCAUCACCGGCCAAACCAGCUGGACAACGCAAGAGAAUUAUAGACCAGGGGGACAGCGAGGACGAGGAGGAAGAAGAAGAAGAAGAAGAGGAGCAGGAGGAGAGUGAGGAGGAGAGUGAGGAGGAGGAACCACAGACAAAGAAAUCCAAGAUGGCCGCAGCAGCGGCUAACCGUGGGAAAGUGAUAGAGAAGGCCAUACCUGCCAAACGUGGCAAGUUGGACGAGGUUAAGACCCAGAAGAAAGGGGUUUCUACUCCUACACGGCAGACACCAACUACACCAACCUCUAUCCAUAAACCCAUUCCUAUGCAACAGCAUGGGGAUAAAGCAAAGGCAUCUGAGAAGUCCCCUCAGGAGGAACCAGAGAACGACACUAAAAAUGCUCAGAAAGAUAAGGGUCUGCUGGUUGAAGUACGUGUCAACAAGGAGUGGUACACAGGCAAAGUCAUUGCUGUUGAGGCUAAUAAACAGAGUGUUCGCUGGAAAGUGAAGUUUGACUAUGUGCCUAGAUCCACCCCUAAAGACAGAUGGGUAUUCAAGGGUAGUGAGGAAGUCCGGUUGAUGCGGCCUCCAUCUCCAAACUCUCAGACACCUGACACCCAACAGGAGACUGAGAAGGGGCCGGCACCCAUGGAGCCCGACACUACUCAACCAGGAACCAGUCGAGAGGUGACCGACAGUCUCGUCACCAUGUUGAGGACAAUGUUGCGUUACUUUUUUCCUCCUGCUUUUCGGAUCCCAAAGGACGAUGUUAACAGCAUGACGGCUGAAGAGUUGGUGGCCUUUCCUUUGAAAGAGUAUUUCCAGCAGUAUGAAUCAGGACUCCAGUCUUUGUGUAACUCGUACCAGAGCAGAGCUGAUGCUCGGGCCAAAGCUGUGGAAGACAAGAGCAAUAGCAAUGAGGUCAAACUGAAGGAGGCGGACGAGAAACUACAGAAACUACGAACAAACAUUGUAGCGCUCCUGCAAAAAGUACAAGAGGACAUUGACAUAAACACAGAUGACGAGCUUGACGCAUACAUAGAGGACCUCCUUACCAAGGGCGAUUAAAGAAGGCAGAAAAGAGAGAAGAGUACGUACACAUACAAACAGACUGGCAGUUUUCAUUCCAGCCAUUAUUUGUCGACGGCUCCCAAAGGACUCCUUAUGUGCAGAGUUGGAUGAUUAAUCAUAAACGUCAUGAGUAUGAUCUUUGAUUUUGAUCUUUCCAGCGUUUAGUCAGCACUAGUGCGCUCUUUGAGUUUUGGCAGGUUCUCUGGUGUUUCUACAUUGUUGGCUAGCUGGUGGUUUUCUCAUUAGUUCUGUUUAUACACCUGCUUAUAUAUGUUAAUCUAUGUUUAAGCCAUCCUAUCCUGAUUGACCUUUUAAAUAUUUUGUGUAGGUCAUUUAUAUGGUCAGCUAAUGCUGUGACAAACUGCAGACUACAUUUGUUCCCUUAUUUUGGUCCAUUGUCUGGUGUGAAUACGACACACCAAGUGACUGGGCUGUGCUCUGUAUUGCAGCCUGUACUCAAACAUUAACUUUUAUUUUUAUACACUAAAAACACAUCAGUCUUGCGUAUUACCUUCCACCAUUCUAGUCUGACAAGGAAACCAGGUUCAUAUAUUAUGGUUGGGUGAUGUGCCACACCCACAAACAAGAACUAAUUACUGGGUUUUAUCAGUACGAUUAUUCCCAUAUUUCCCUCCUACAUUUAAGAUAUAUGACUGUUUUGUGUUUAUUUUUGGAAGAAAAAAAAUCUCAUUCAAAUGCAAAGGUUGUGUGUUCAUAAUUAUUCAGUGCCUGUGUCCUUCCUUUUGAAAAGAUUUUUAACAUGUCAUGGAAAUGUUUUAUUAAACGGUGCAUGCGUUCAGUCUUUUUGUUCUGAUUAGAGCAAAAGAUUCUGUAUUUUUGACAAAUCUUUACAUAGAACAAUAAAACAGGUUCAGCAACACCUUUUGAUGAAUGUCUGUUAUUGCCUGUAUAUGCUAAAUAACAAAAUAUUUGUUGUGGGAUAUUUACAAUGACAUUUUAGAAGAUUUUAGUUUGAUGCUAAGAACACUGAAGAAUAUGAUUUAAAUGUUCCUAUACAACAGUAAUGUUUCUUUCAUGAAAACUGUUGACAGUGCCCUUUAUGGAUUAUCCAGAGUAGUAGGGACAUUGCUUCACUUGUAUGAGAUAUUGUUUUCUUUUUAAUGUACAUGUAUUUUUAAUGAUUAACUGAUUUCCAUUGAACUAAAUUUUAAAAGCAUAAAUAUCAC